AUGGCUCCUACGAAGCUCCUCUUCGCCGACGUCGUCGUCUCGCUUCAGGCGUCCGCGAUCCUCUCGCAGACGUGCUCGUGCGCCGACUACGAGACGGUGGCGCCUCCCUGCUACGCCAGCAGGUGGUACGCGUGGUGGAUCAAGGACGACUGCAGCUCGCAGGCGCUCUGGAACAGCGUGCAGUCGUCUAGCGACGUGCGCAGCAGCGUGCUGGCCGUGUGGGGCACCGGCACGCCCGGCUCCACCACCUCCUUCCAGAGCUACGGGCUCAUGGCGGCCAACAACUGCAGGAACCCCAGUUGCGUCAAGACGUACUUGCUUGAUUGGAUCAAGUGCAAGGCCGCGCCCACCGACUCGGCCGUUCAGUUUUACAGCUCCGCGCUGGGCCUGGGGGUGAGCGGGGUGAAGGAUGUGCGGUCGCUCAACACUUUUGUGACGGCUGUGAUCAAGAAGAUUGGCCAGAUCAUGUUCAACACGCUCGCUGACAUGCUCAGGCAGCGCGGCUUGCAGGCUCAGGUUGUGAUGGCGGGAACGUGCGGAGCAGCAGCGCUGCGUCCUAUAGCGGGGAUGCCGCCGCUCUUGCCGUUCGCAGCAGCGGGUGCUGUUGCGUCAUCGUCGACGCUAACAGGAGUCGCCGGGGCAGGGUCGCCCAGCGGCGUGGCAUGCGGGCCGCAGCUGACGGAAGGAAUAGACUCGUCGCCUUCUGCUCCCGCUGCACACGUUUUUAAACAGCCGUACGUGUAUUGCGCGGAUAAAGCGGAGACGAGGCAGCACAAGCAGGGCAAGUCGAGCCCACAUACCUCUACGUACCCUCUUCCCUUUUUUUCCCCUUCCCCUACCUUCCCACCCCUCACCUCCCCAGCCGUUAGUGAUCGAGUUGGAGCGGCUACAGGCAUAGGCGCUGAAAGGCAAUUUCGACCGUCAGUGAUAGAGCUGGAGCGGCUACAGGCAGAGGCGCUGAAGGGUGGGGGGUUCGAGCGGAUACGCAAGCAGCACAAGCAGGGCAAGCUGACGGCGAGAGAGCGCAUCAUGACUCUGCUGGACCCCGGGUCGUUUGAAGAGCUCGACAUGUUGGUGAAGCAUCGCUGUCGGGACUUUGGCAUGGAUGAAACACAGAUUGCAGGCGAUGGCGUUGUGACUGGCAGCGGCACCAUCAAUGGGAGGGUGGAUGGGGAGUGGGCUGACUUGGUUAAUCCCCGCGCACUUGCUUCUCCUACUCUCCUCCUCAUUUACACCCACACCUCACCCCACCGCAGGCUGGUGUUUGUGUUCAGCCAGGACUUCACCGUGUUUGGAGGCAGCCUGUCGGAGACCCAUGCAAGCAAGAUAGUGAAGAUCAUGGAGAAGGCAAUGCUUGUGGGAGCACCUGUCAUAGGCAUCAACGAGUCUCUUGUCAUAGGCAUCAACGAUUCGGGGGGGGCUCGAAUCCAGGAGGGCGUUGUGUCGCUGGCCGGCUAUGCCAACGUCUUCCAGCUGAACGUGCUGGCAUCGGGAGUCAUUCCGCAGCUCUCCCUCAUCAUAUGUCCCUGCGCAGGUGGUGCUGUCUACUCGCCUGCUCUCACGGAUUUUGUGGCCAUGGUGAGAUGCGGUGAAAAGUGGGGAGAUGCGGUGAAGAGUGGUAUUGUGCAAUGCACGGCAUACACGUUCGUGGCCAAACGUGACGAGGAGAAGGACGCCCGUUGCUGCUCACUGCUCAUACCCCCCUCCCCUCCAAUGCUCCGCACACCCGUGGCACGGCACGGCGUUCAUGUGUGUGACGGGGCCUGCCAUGCUGAACCACGCUCUCUGCUGCUCCCUGCUCUCUUGUCUCUUAUCCAAUUGACCUGCCCCUGCAUUCCCCCUCCUGCAUUCCCCCCUCCUGCAUUCCCCCCUCCUGCAUUCCCCCCUCCUGCAUUCCCCCCUCCUGCAUGCCCCCCUCCUGCAUUCCCCCCUCCUGCAUUCUCCCCUCCUGCAUGCCCCCCUCCUGCAUUCCCCCCUCCUCAUUUCCCCUCCCCAGACUCGAGGCACGGCGUACAUGAUGAGCUAGGAGGAGCGGACGUGCAGUCCAAGUCAGGGGUGGUGCACCUGGCGUAUGACAACAAACUCGAUGCUCUUGCAAGGAUCCGGGACCUCUUUGACUUCCUGCCGCUCUCCAAUCAGCAUGCGCCACCUCUGCGCCCCAACUUCGACUCCCCAUGCAUCGCAUUUGACCCCCUUCUUGGAGAUGCAUCUCAUUUGACCCCCUUCUUGGAGUCAAACUACUCCAGCUCCACCAUUCCACUCUACACUCGUCACUCCUUUCUCCUCUCAUUUCACCCCCUUAUUUCAUGUUUCUCGCUCCAUUCAUGCACACCCGCGCCGUGCGCCCUUUCUCUCCCUCCUUUGAGCAACCUGUGCUGCAUCCGCUCUCAGCACUGGCAUCUCCUCCGCUCAUGGCUUUGCGCUGUGCCUCGUCACCCCAACAAUGUGUUCCCGCACGCUUCUCCCUCCUUCCGAUUCCCCGCUUUUCCCCUCCCCCUCGCCCUCCCCCUCCCCUCCCCCUUCCCCUUCCCCUUCAACUCCACCUCCGCCUUCCCCUUCCCCUCCCUCUUCCACUCCCCAUCCUCCCAUCGACCUUGCUCCCCCUCUCUAGACUUUGAUGUGCCUCACAACCCCAACGGAGUGCUCUCUGUUCAAUUAACGCACAUCAUUCCCCUCCCCUCCCUCUCUCUCCUCCCCUUCCUCUCUCUUUCGCCUCUCCUCCCUUUUCCUCCCCUGCUUCUCUUCGCCCCUUCUACCUUCUCGCCUCCCUCUCCUGUUCCCUACCCCCCCUCACACCACAGCAACCGCGUCCUCCCCUCACUGGACUCUGCUCUGCUCCGCAACCCCAACACUGUUCUCCCCCUCGCCCUCCCGCUCCCCCUCCCCAUGCCCCUCCCUCCCCCUUGCCCUUCCCGUUCCCCUCUCUUCCCCCAAGCCCACCACAGCAGCCCUUCCCCUCGCUGA